AUGCCGCCCCCAACCACCGCGCCGCCGGCCGCCGAGCCCUCGCGGCCUCCUUGUUCGCCCCCUCCUCCGCCCCCUCGUUCGCCUCCUCGUUCGCCUCCGCCGCGCGCGCCCGACGCGGACACCAAGCCGGACACCAUCUCGGGCGCCAUCCGGAAGGACCUUCUCGGUACGGGUGCGGCCCAUUUCUCCGACGUCGUGCUGGUGGCGCGCGACGGCGCGCGCGUGCCCGCGGUGCGCGCGCUGCUGGCGGUGCGCAGCCCCUACUUCCGCGCCCGCCUGUUCGCCAACUACGCCGACAAGUCCGAGAAGGUGCUCGCCAUCCCGGAGGCCUCCUCGCUCGCGCUGCAGCAGAUCGUCGAGUACGCGUACACGGACGGCUGCGACUUGGUCACCAGGGCCACCGCAGCCCUCCAUAGCGUCAGGACACAACCGUACGGCUUCUAUCCGACCAUCGGAAGGAAGAGGAGGAAGGCCGCCCCGAAUACUGCUCCGGCCAAGCCCCCCGCGGAUCUUGCGAGUGUGGGGCUUGGCGCCGUGGACAUUAUCCACUUGAUUGAACUGCUACUUGCGGCGGAUUACUUGCAGCUGGCGAGUUUGGCGAAGCGCGUUACGUCGCUGCUGGUCAAUAUGAUCUCCGAAAUUCCGAGCGUUACGUGUGUUGUCAUGGAGACCGCUGGAAGACAGCCAGCCUUAGAGAUGAUUGCUCCUCAGAUUAUGGUGGCGGUGUGGAAAAAGAUGAGGACAGCCCCGCAUGAUUGUCUCCUCGUUGAGGAUUUUAGAAUCUCGCUCCGCAACGCGAAAGGACACACAAUGCCGGCUCCCCGUCUGAAUAGGAAAAGGGAUGCAGACUGUGGCGUUCUCAUGCUCCAGCCGAGUACGUUUGAAAAGAUUCUUAUGGAUGACGACCUCUUCACCAGCGAGACCUACCUCUUGCAAGUCCUUUACUUUUGGGCUACGGACGGUGUCUCGUUGGGGUCUUUGCGCCCCCGCAAAGCAUUAGUUUUAGAAAAAGCAAAGCCAAAUGAAGAGUCAAACUCGAAAGAGGAGACCCCAUCUCCGGGGAAGAAAACCAAAUCCCUGUUAGGCAAGCGAAAGGCUGAUGAGGUGAUACGUGCUCCCGACACAAUUCCUCCCGCUCCUGAAAAGCGUCCUCCUGUGCAAGUUGCGGACGAAGAGCGAUGGAAGUUGGCAAGAGAGAUGGUGCAUCACAUACAAUUGGAGCGUCUAAAGCCAUCAUUUGUACGAGACUAUCUCGAGCCAUCGGGUCUGGUUGAUCGCGAACAAAUUUUAACAAUAUAUCAACAACAGGCACUGGAAGCCGAACGAGGACGAGCACUAUACGAUAGUUUCCGCGGUGGUUCUACGUGGGACAACCAAAGCAAGAUCCUCACAGAGUUUAGCGCUGGCUACAAGACGCGAUUGUUAGGUGGACCGUGGGUAAAGAGCGGUCGGCACGAAUGGACAUUCCGUAUAGGAAAGGAUAGUGACUGCACGUGGAUUGGAAUAACAGGAAGCGAAUCGCAUCCAAACGACUUUUUCGGGCAGGGUCGUCUGGGAUGGGCGUUUGGUUCUCAAGGCUCUUGCACACAAAACGGGAUGAUACAAAGACGGAAGGGUCCGAGUAUGACGCCGGGAAAGACAGUGAAAAUGAUGUUGAACUUGACGAGGGGAGGGACGCUGACAAUGAUAUUGGAAGGGCAGGACAAAAGCUUUCGAGCGUUUAGUGAACUAAAGAAAGGCGGGGGUCGUCAGUUCAAGCCUGCUGUUUAUCUGAAGAGACCCGCUGUGGUGACCCUUGUACAUGAGAAGCACACGAUGGAGUGA